CUGGUCCGGCCGGGCCCGGCUGGUUCCACGAGCGCUCGGCAGAGACUGAGGGAGAGAGAGAGAAAGAGGAGGGGAGGAGGAGGAGGAUUCAGGGAAUAGGAGCUGGGGAGCCCUUCUGCGCCACAGAAAAUUUGCAAAGACUUUGAGAAGACAGGAAAAUUAUCAGAAAGACAGCGCCAUUAUACUGUAGUCACUUUCAGUGACAUUGUUCGGUUCUCACAAUGUAUCAUUCCUUAUCUGAAACUAGACAUCCUCUGCAGCCAGAAGAACAGGAAGUGGGCUUUGACCCCUUGUCAAGUUACUCAAACAAGUCUGGAGGAGAUUCAAAUAAAAAUGGAAGAAGAAGUUCUACUUUAGAUUCUGAUGGGACUUUUAAUUCUUAUAGGAAAGAAUGGGAAGAACUAUUUGUAAACAACAAUUACUUGGCAACAAUAAGGCAGAAGGGGAUUAAUGGGCAGCUGAGAAGCAGCAGGUUCCGCAGCAUUUGCUGGAAGCUAUUUCUUUGUGUUCUUCCUCAAGAUAAAAGUCAGUGGAUAAGUAGAAUUAAAGAAUUAAGAGCAUGGUAUAGCAACGUUAAAGAAAUACACAUCACAAACCCGAGAAAGGUUGUUGGCCAGCAAGAUUUGAUGAUCAAUAAUCCUCUUUCACAGGACGAAGGGAGUCUUUGGAACAAAUUCUUUCAAGAUAAAGAACUUCGAUCGAUGAUUGAACAAGAUGUCAAAAGAACGUUUCCUGAAAUGCAGUUUUUCCAACAAGAAAAUGUGAGAAAAAUUCUUACAGAUGUUCUUUUCUGUUAUGCUAGAGAAAACGAGCAGUUGCUUUAUAAACAGGGCAUGCACGAGCUCUUAGCACCUAUAGUCUUUAUCCUCCACUGUGACCACCAAGCUUUUCUUCAUGCCAGUGAGUCUGCCCAACCAAGUGAGGAGAUGAAAACUCUCUUGAACCCUGAGUAUCUGGAACAUGAUGCCUAUGCAAUGUUCUCACAACUUAUGGAAACUGCUGAACCUUGGUUUUCUACUUUUGAGCAUGAUGGUCAAAAGGGAAAAGAAACACUGAUGACUCCCAUCCCCUUUGCUAGACCACAGGAUUUAGGGCCAACGAUUGCUAUUGUUACUAAAGUCAACCAGAUCCAGGAUCAUCUACUGAAGAAGCAUGAUAUUGAGCUUUAUAUGCACUUGAACAGACUAGAAAUCGCACCACAGAUAUAUGGGUUACGGUGGGUCCGGCUACUGUUUGGACGAGAGUUCCCCCUGCAGGAUCUUCUGGUGGUCUGGGAUGCCUUGUUUGCAGAUGGCCUCAGCCUGAGUUUAGUUGAUUAUAUCUUCAUAGCCAUGUUACUCUACAUCCGAGAUGCUUUGAUCUCUAGUAACUACCAGACCUGUCUUGGCCUUCUGAUGCAUUACCCACUAAUUGGGGAUGUACACUCACUGAUUCUUAAGGCUCUGUUCCUUCGAGAUCCAAAGAGAAAUCCAAGACCAGUGACUUACCAAUUUCAUCCAAAUUUAGAUUAUUACAAAGCACGGGGAGCAGACCUCAUGAAUAAAAGCCGGGCCAACGUCAAAGGUGCUCCCCUGAAUAUAAAUAAGGUCUCUAAUAGCCUGAUAAAUUUUGGAAGAAAGUUGAUUUCUCCAGCAAUGGCCCCAGGCAGUGCGGGUGGCCCUGUACCAGCGGGCAGUAGUGGGGGCUCCUCCACUGCUGUGCCUCCCACCAGGACCCUGGCAGAGGUCCCCAGGCAUCCCCUGCAGCAGCAGCAGCAGCAGCAGCAGCAGCAGCAGCAGCAGCAGAGACUGAUGAAAUCGGAAAGCAUGCCAGUGCAAUUGAACAAAGGCGAUGUAGUUACAGGAAGCGAUGCUCAGGUUUCUGUUCCUGUCCAGACUCUAACUGACCUCCAAGGUACAAGUUCUAAAACCAUCAGCUCAUCCCCGAGCACUGAAAGUUUGCCUGGAGGAAGGGAAUUCCCUGGCUCCCCACCUUCAUCUGCUACUAAAAAGGACUCCUUUUUCAGCAACAUCUCCCGUUCCCGCUCACACAGCAAAACUAUGGGCAGAAAAGAAUCUGAAGAAGAAUUAGAAGCCCAGAUUUCCUUCCUUCAAGGACAAUUAAAUGACCUGGAUGCCAUGUGCAAAUACUGUGCGAAGGUGAUGGACACCCAUCUUGUAAAUAUUCAAGAUGUGAUAUUACAAGAAAAUUUGGAAAAAGAAGAUCAAAUUCUGGUUUCUCUGGCAGGAUUAAAACAGAUCAAAGACAUUCUAAAAGGUUCCCUGCGUUUCAACCAGAGUCAGCUGGAAGCUGAGGAGAAUGAGCAGAUCACCAUCUCAGAUGAUCACUACUGCUCCAGUGGCCAGGGCCAAGGCCAAGGCCAGAGCGACCAAACACCUGGGGCCACCAAGCAGUCCUCUUCAGAAACGCCAGGGCGCACGGACAGAGGGAGCGCAGACGACUUCAUCCUGGUCUCCAAAGAAGACGACACGGGCAGCACCAAGGGGUCCUUCUCAGGCCAGGCUCAGCCUCUUCGCACCCUCCGAAGCACCUCUGGGAAAAGCGAGCCCCUGGCCCGCUCCCCUCUGGUGUUCUCUGACCCACUGAUGGGCCCAGCCUCAGCUUCCUCCAGCAACCCCAGCUCCAGCCCCGACGAGGACAGCAGCAGCAACAGCAAGGACUCUGGCUUCACCAUUGUGAGCCCCCUGGACAUCUGA